UUUCCUUAUUAUAUAUUAAAACAGACUAUAGAGCUACUACAAUAAAAAUAUGAUACUGCCACAUGAGUAAAUAAAUAAAUUGAUAGAACAAAACUGAAAGUUCAAAAGUAGAGUUCAAAAAAGUAAAUAAGGGCAGCCCCAGUGACACAGCGGUUUAGUGCUGCCUGCAGCCCAGGGCUUGAUCCUGGAGACUGGGGAUCAAGUCCUGCAUCGGGUUCUCUGCAUGGUGCCUGCUUCUCCCUCUGCCUGUGUCUCUGCCUCUCUCUCUCUAGCUGUGUCUCUAUGAAUAAAUAAAUAAAAUCUUUUUUUAAAAAAAGUAAAUAAAUCUGGAAAUUUAAAAUAUGAUAAAGAUGCAUUUCAACAGAUAAAGAAUGGAUUUCUUCAUUACAUGAUGUUGGGACAAUGAACUAUCCAUUUAGAAAAAUAAUAAUGUUAGAUCUUUAUACCAUGUAAAUUCUUCACUGUAAUAAACGUAUUAACACUGGAAGAAUUAAAAAUACUAAAACAGGCCGGAGCCCCGCGGGGUCAGCCGUGGAGGGCGCGGGAGCCCUCGCCUCGCGGAGCUGCCCCGCCCCCGGCGUCCCGGGGGCCGGCCUUUGGAUGGGGAGGCCUCGCUGGUGACGGUGGCUUCGGCCGGCCCGGUGUGGCCGCAAGGCGGGUUGCCCUGCUGUGCUCCGUCACCUCCUAAAGAUGCAUCCUGACUUAUCUCCACACUUGCACUCUGAAGAAUGCAACGUCUUGAUUAACUUGCUUAAGGAAUGUCACAAAAAUCACAGCAUUCUGAAAUUUUUUGGUCGUUGCAAUGAUCUUGAUCGGGAGAUGAGAAAAUGCUUGAAGAAUGAGUACAUGGAAAAGAGGACCAAGAGCAGGGAGCAUGGCAAUGCGAUGAGAAAAAGACUUUUUAAUCCCGCAGAGGAAUCUGAAAAAUAAAUUACAGGCAUACCUUG